GAUCAUCUUUGUUCAAUUUAGGGCUCUGUGUCUUUGUCUCUUUGUCUGUUCGAUCUCCGUGCCUCAGAUUUUCUGGCUGUCGAGUGUUGUGUCACGAAUUCGUACGGUUUGGGUCGAACGUAGUGAUUUCAGUUCGCAGUUCAUUGUUCUAGAAUUCAAUCGACUCCUCGUUUGGACAAGGUUAAAUAGUUUCAAUGCACGAAGUUAGUGACUUCGUUACGUUCGGUUUGCAGGGAACGACGGAGCCUUCGUGGGUAACCCGUUGAGUAUGACUUCGCGGUCUCUUCUACCGCAAGAACGGGAAAAACCUUAUGUUCAUGUCUUCAUGAAAGGAUUUGAUAGGAGAUGCUUUAACUAUUGGCUAUCGGUCAUUAAUUAAUAUAUAUCAUCUCCGUAUCUCUUUCCCAGUCAUGUUUGGCGCAGUCCUGUAGUGGAAAGUGAAGAGUGCUGUGAUCAUGGAACAGUCAACACAACCAUCUCGCCCUGUAAUUGGAGUUGUUUCUGGUGCUGCCCAAACAGCAUAUGCUGCACCAACGUAUCAACGGGCUGCGGUGGUUACUGGAGAUCCAGCAGUGACAGGUGCUGUACCUCCCCCAACACAAAUGACCUCAGCAUAUCCUACUAACCCAGCCAAUCUUGCAAGCCAGCACCAGCUUGCCUAUCAGCAGGUCCAACAGCUCCACCACCAGCAGCACCAACAGCUCCAAGCCUUCUGGGCCAACCAGAUGUUGGAGAUAGAACAAACUACGGAUUUCAAGAACCACAGCCUACCCCUUGCCCGGAUAAAAAAGAUCAUGAAGGCUGAUGGGGAUGUUCGUAUGAUCUCAGCUGAGGUCCCUGUGGUCUUUGCCAAGGCAUGUGAAAUAUUUAUACUGGAACUGACGCUCAGGUCAUGGAUCCAUACUGAAGAAAAUAAGAGGAGAACACUACAGAAGAAUGACAUUGCUUCUGCUGUUACCAGAACUGACAUAUUCGACUUCUUGGUCGAUAUAGUUCCCAGGGAUGAGUUGAAGGACGACGGUAUCGGGAUUGCAAGAGCUGCGUUUCCUGCUGUAGGCGCUCCUGCUGAUUCAAUUCCUUAUUACUAUGUGCCAGCACCCUCGCAGGUGCCAGGCCCUGCGAUGAUGAUGGGAAAGCCUGUAGAUCAAGCGGCUGCUGCGACGAUGUAUCCUUUUCAGCAGCCUCAUUCCAUGGCUUACAUGUGGCAGCAGCCUCCAGUGCAGCAGCAAUCGGCACAACAGCAACAGCAGGUACCAGAUGGUGAGUAAGCUAACAUAUGUUUUGUCAUCGGUUUGGAUGUUAAGAGGAAUGUCCAGUCGAGUGGCAUGUACUCUUUCUAAUGCGUCAAUUGUCCAAGUGGUUGCUAAGAUCGUUGUUAGUAGACCUCAGUGGAAGUUUGCUCAGCAGCAAUAAACUGUGUUCUGUGCCAAGAUGAAAAUGAAAAGCUCCUCUUGUGUCUUCACCUGAGUA